UCAUUGAAAAUCCACAGCUUUGCGAGCACUGCAGAACUUUUGGUUUCUCGGGUACGUCUUUUGGGAUUUAGUUGCAUUUGGUAGGGAAAUUAGUUGGGUGUUCGAGAAAAGUAGCGCGUAACGGUAGAAAACCGAACUCAAAUGGACCCCUGUGCGUGUACUGGGUUUCGCCUAGCUCGAAAUCCUGUUAGACAGCCGGAUGAGAUCCGCAGACAAUCCCUUUGCGUACCUUUGACCAUUUCUUGCUGAGUUUUUAGCGUGGCCAGCCGCCUGUAGUAAGUGAGUAGCGUGAAACCUCUUCUAUAUUAGGGAAUAAUAACUGUAGAAGGGACAAGGCGGAUCAGACGCUCCAGUGACGUCAGAUCCGUUUCCUUGGCAACCAUCUUGCAACUCCCGCCUCCCCUCAUGCGCUCCACCCUCCACGGGAUUCGUGAGUGUGGGUAUACGCUACCAGCUAGUGAACCGAGCGCUUCAGUGAGUGAUUGCCCUGCCGACGUACGACACGCGUGCCGUAUCACUGGCGCGAUCAAGUAAGGUAGGGAAGUAAACACUUGGUAGUAGAAAAGAAGAGCAAAAUACGUGGGGGUUUUCUUCUUUGCCCUUUUUCCCCCCUCGAGAGAGGUGAUGCAUCUUGUUUGUUGCCAUUUUGGAACUCUUGGAAUGGAAACAAGUCCGAUCCUUGCCUAACACUAGUUAAAAGUCUGUGGCGAGAGCGUUGCGAAGUGGCCAAAAAUAGUCGAAAUCGAGAUAUCUAGAAGGGGUUUUUGUUGUCUGUGUGUUCUUGUAUAGUGCUCGGUCGAGUGCUGUUAGCUCCCUUCGCGUUCAUCUCUGCUCACUAUCGAUUAGAGAAGUGCGCAAACCCACGUUCUCCUCUUCGCUGUGCGUGUCUUUGUCGGUCAUCUGAAAAAGAAGAAGGGGGAACAAACACUGUGUCGGAUCUCCAUCCAAAUAGUUGACUGCUAUCAAGGUUCUCUUCUUCGUCAAACAAAGCCGCUGCUCUACGAAAAAAUAAAAGAGAGUUGGGCUCUGUGUUUGUACUGAUUCCACUUGGCGAAUCCCGUGAGCUGUGGAAACAUAACAAGACCAACGUGAACGAGAUUUUACAUGCUUUGAGAUGCCAUUCGGGCCUUCCAAUCGUAACACUGCAACACUUGGUCAGAACAAACCCGUCUACCCAACAUGGACUCGAAAUUACAUUACAAACACUCGUGGAUGUGGAACAUGGCCGGGCAACAUCGAAGCUGCCCCCAGCCGUUACGAACAGUUUGUGGCAGCUAUGACGGACGAUGAACGAUUUCAAAGGGAUGUCACGCUGGGCAAACGGAUUGGUUUGUACAAGUUUCGCGGCGAGCUGGGCACCGGCAAUUUCUCCCGUGUCAAGCUAGCCUUCCACCAGUUGGCCCACGAGCGAGUAGCAAUAAAGAUCAUUGAAAAGACCGGCAUGGAUCAAAAAGCCUUAAUGAUGCUGUCAAGGGAGAUUAACAACAUGGAUACUGUUCGACAUCCUGCCAUUGUCAGAUUGUUUGAAGUGUUGGAGACGAUAUCAAAAGUGUAUUUGGUGAUGGAAGUGGCGCCCGUUGGUGAAAUGUACACCCACGUCAGUAUUACUGGACGCUAUGACGAGUCUUUGGCAAAAAAUCUCUACAGUCAACUCAUUUCAGCGGUAGAAUUUAUGCAUGAGAACGACUUAUACCAUCGUGACAUCAAGGCGGAGAAUGUAUUCCUGUCGUCCUCCGAUCGUGUACGGCUUGGAGAUUUUGGAUUUUCGACAAGGAUCGUCAACACGGUUGAACAUCAAAGCCAUCUUCUGACAACAUUUUGCGGAUCCCCGCCCUACGCCGCGCCAGAACUCUUUUACGACGACGCCUACUCAGGAUCUGCUGUCGAUAUUUGGGCACUUGGUGUUCUCCUCUUUUUCAUGGUGACGGCAACGUUGCCUUUUCAGGGCCAGACAGUGAAUGGACUUAAGAAUGCUAUUUUGGAGAAUAAUUACUUCAUACCUGAUUACUUGAGUGCGUCAUGUGUUGAACUCAUUCGCGCCAUUUUGAAUCGUGAUCCGGCAGAGAGAAUCUCUAUGGCUGGCAUCCGCAGCAGCGAGUGGCUAUACGGUCAAGUCAAACUUACACCGUUACCCACUUAUCAAUUUGUCCCUCCUGAACCGGAUGUAGAGAGAAAUAAAAUGGAAACAAAAGUGAUUGCUCGGUUAGACGAACUUGGCAUUACCGAGUCGAUGAUUAUGGAGCAUCGCGAGAAAGGCGGGCGAAGUGAUGUCAUCGGUACCUACCGGAUAUUGAUGUAUCGAGCCAGUUGUGAAGAUGCGGAAGCAGAUGCAGCAAGUGUGAAACAAGAAGAAGAAAAGCAACAAGAAAAUUUUUUGGCACCGCCCACUGUCUCCUUGGCAGGAUCUCUAUCUAAAUCUAUCAAGUCGGCACUAUCUGUCAAAUCCUCCCGAUCGGAAAAAUCAGCUAAAUCAAGUUCCCCGAAAGUUAACCAAAAUUCGCCCUCUCCACAACCGCCGCCGCCACCAACUCUUCCGUCCGCCGCUCCAGAACCGGAACAGCAGCAGCAGACGUCAGCGUCCCCUGGCAAAAGAAAAUUCAAACAUAAAUUGAACAUGUCAAUUUUGUCAAAAAAUAAGACCUAUUCCCCAGCACCAGCUAAUAAUCUAACCGAAAAGAAAACAAAAAAGAAAAAAGGUUCUCAGGCAUGCAUCAUUCUGUAAAUUUUGUUUAUUACUUGUUACUAUGUAUAAGUUGUUAAGGCGUUUUAUAAGGCUUCUGUGUUCAUUUGUUAUUUCCGCUAACAGAAGAUUAAAUCGCAAAAGAAAUUCGGCAACAGAUAAAAGCUUUGUUUUGAUUGCUGUUGUGAAUCGGAAAAGAAAUGUCGGAUAGAUAUUUAUACUCACUAUAUUUAUAAUAUAUAUUUAUAUCGAUUUAUCAAUGUUGACAUAUGAAAUUGCUUAAUUAUGCAAAAACCGUUUCGUUGAUGAUGUAAUCCAUCGUACGAGCUCAGAGAAUUCAAAUAGAAAGAUGGACUUCAAUUAAGCGA